GCGUCCGCCGAGCUGGGCCGGAGUCGGGUCGGGGAACUGGAAGGUGAUGGCCCUGACGGAGGGCCGGGCGGCCACGUCUCGCGCUCUUGCUGCAGUUACUGCCGACGCGUCGGGCCGCUCGUCGUCAUGAGAGAAGACCGAGACCUGAAGCAAAGAAAUCUGCAUUACAAAAAAGUAUUCAAGGGUCAUGCAAGCCAACUGUAGCCAAAGAGCUGCAGGCAGUGAGGAUGCCUCAGCCUCCCAAUGUGUCCACACAAGAUUGACAGAAGGUUCUUGUCUUCAUUCUGGAGACGUGCAUAUCCAGAUUAACUCCAUACCUAAAGAAUGUGCUGAUAAUCCAAACUCCAGAAAUACAAGGUCAGGUGUCCAUAGCUGUAGCCAUGGAUGUGUACAUAGUCGCUUACAGAAUCACUCCCAUAACCAAGCAAGACAGCCUGAUGAUACUUUCAUGGAGUCUGGAGAUCAUGGUAGUAGCUCCUAUUCAGAAUUCCGAUCUCUCUUCAAGUGGCUACAAAAGAGUCUUCCAUAUAUUUUGAUUCUGGGUGUCAAACUUGUUAUGCAGCAUAUGACAGGAAUUUCUCUUGGAAUUGGACUGCUUACAACUUUUAUGUAUGCAGACAAAAGCAUUGUAAAUCAGGUUUUUCUAAGAGAAAGGUGCUCAAAGAUUCAAUGUGCUUGGUUGCUGGUAUUAUUAGCAGGAUCUUCUGUUCUUUUAUAUUACACCUUUCAUUCUCAGUCACUUUAUCUCAGCUUAAUUUUUUUAAAUCCUACUUUGGACCAUUCGAGCUUCUGGGAAGUACUUUGGGUUGUUGGAAUUACAGACUUCAUCUUGAAAUUCCUCUGCAUGGGCUUAAAAUGCCUAAUUUUAUUGGUGCCUUCUUUCAUCACGCCUUUUAAAUCCAAGGGUUACUGGUAUAUGCUUUUGGAAGAAUUAUGUCAGUAUUACCGAACUUUUGUUCCCAUACCAGUUUGGUUUCGUUACCUUAUAAGCUAUGGGGAGUUUGGUAAUAUAACUAGAAGGAGUCUUGGGAUAUUGCUGGCUUUACUCUACCUCAUACUAAAACUUUUGGACUUUUUUGGACAUCUAAGAAAUUUCAGACGGGUUUUGCGAGUAUUUUUUACACAACCAAGUUAUGGAGUGGCUGCCAGCAAGAGACAGUGUUCAGAUGUGGAUGAUAUUUGUUCGAUAUGUCAAGCUGAAUUUCAAAAGCCAAUUCUUCUCAUCUGUCAGCAUAUAUAUUGUGAAGAGUGCAUUACCUUAUGGUUUAACAGAGAGAAAACAUGUCCGCUGUGCAGAACUGUGAUAUUAGACCAUAUAAACAAGUGGAAAGAUGGAGCCACUUCAUCACACCUACAAAUAUAUUAAGUGUAUAAACUGUUAAGGCCACAAAACACUUAAGUGUUGUAUUCCAUCCUAUUUGACAGAUGAUUGCAGUGUUAAAUUGUGUGUUUUCUUGUUCAUGUUACCAAAAAGCAAUUGGAUAACUAGAACUAGUUCUUAGAGGAACUCAGGUAUUUUUUCCUGACAUUGUUUUCAGAAUAAAGAAUAUUUUUCUUAACAUUUUAAGAUACAGAUUAUCUGAAAGUAGACUUUUCUUUAGCAUUGACUUUUAUAAUUCCCAUUCUAAAAAUUCUUAAAAUUUUCAUAAAAGUUGUAUUUUUAAGUGAAAGUUCUAAAUGCUAUAUUUUACCUGUAACAAUCAGAUUUUUCUAAGAUUUACUGAGGGUGAUAUAUUUUAAUACUGUAUUCUCUAUAGUAUGGUUAGCAAUCAAUGAGAAUAGAUGAUUUAAAUUUAUUGUUUGUGGGCGUCAUACAUACAUACAAUCCUGCCAUUGGUUUUAAUGUUCAUGAUCUUGCUUUUUGUACGGUGCCAUGGACUGUGUGGACAUAACUAUUAAAAUAAUUCACAUGGAUUACAAAUA